AUGCCGCCAAAGACCGCCGCAUCGAGUUUGGCACUAGUCAUUGAGCUUGCCAAGGAGUCUCCCGCACGUCUUCAUGAUGUCAUUCAAUUCCACCGACGUCGUUCUUUCGAGGCGAUUGAGGUUACGCAUGUCUCAAUCUACAAGAAAAUUCAAGACUUCGAGGAAGAUAUCGGAUCGGUGUAA